UCCAUUCCUCUUUUCCGCGACCUUGACCUCGUCUCAAGCCGUCGACUGAGUCCAGAUUCUCACGUGCCAGCUGAGAUUAUUCUGGAGUGAAAAUAUGUUAGACUCUAGGGAAAGGAUUCUCACCGUUCUGGCUGCUGUUGGAACAGUGGUGGUGGUGGGAGUAGUCGUUCAAUAUUUUCUGACAUGGAGAAAGGGCAAAAGGAAGUCUCCGAUUCUACUAGAGAAUCCACUAGCUAAAUACAAUCUCCCUUUAAUUGAAAAAGAAGUAAUUAGUCAUGACACGAGGAGAUUCAGGCUGGGCUUGCCAACGCCUGAGCAUGUUCUGGGCUUGCCAACGGGUCAGCACAUUCAUCUCACUGCUGAUAUUAAUGGGGAACUCGUCAUCAGGGCUUACACGCCCGUCAGCAGCGACGAUGAUCACGGGUUUGUGGACCUCGUCGUCAAGGUUUACUUCAAAAAUGUCCACCCUAAAUUCCCAGAGGGUGGGAAACUCUCACAACAUCUCGAGGCCAUGAAGAUUGGAGACACAAUCGCGGUUAAAGGGCCCUCAGGACGGCUGGUUUACAAGGGCAGGGGAAACUUUGCUAUUAGGAUGCUGAGGAAGGAGCCACCAGUUGAACACCACGUCAAAAAGGCUGUGAUGAUCGCUGGAGGAACUGGAAUAACCCCGAUGCUCCAACUGAUCCGCCAAAUAACAAAAGAUCCAGAAGAUCACACCCAAGUAUCUCUCCUCUUCGCUAACCAGACAGAAAAAGAUAUUCUGCUUCGAGAGGAGCUGGAAAACCUCGCCAAGAACCAUGCAGAUCAGUUCAAACUCUGGUUCACUCUGGACACGAGCAGCGAGAGCUGGAAGUACUCCACUGGAUGGGUGAAUACAGACAUGAUAAAAGAGCACAUGUUUCCACCUGCGCCUGACACUAUUGUUCUCAUGUGUGGUCCACCUCCGAUGAUAAAUUUCGCCUGCACACCGAAUCUCGAUAAAUUGGGAUACGACACGAAGAUGAGAUUCGCCUAUUAAUUGUCAUCGAUAUUCGAGGCCGAACCAUUCUAUUCCCACAUUCACAUUUUUUCCAAUUUUGAAUUAACCCUUCAAGUUUUUUUAUUACAUUAUUUUUAAUGCUCUAUUCGAAACUGAAGAUGUUAUCGGAUCGUCUUUAAUCUGCAGUUGAAAAACAAUAUUCAGAAUUUUCCUGUAAAUAAAUAGUCAGAACGUACUGUCUGAGGCAUUUAUUCAUGUAAAAAUGGUACUUGUUAUUAAAAAAAUGAAAAGGUGCUCACCAAUAA